CGACUAGCGCGCCCUUUAUGUCACUCCCACUCGCGCGGCCGACUCCCUCUUGCUCUGUAUCAUACACCCACCAUGUCCGACAUCGACCUCGACGACCCUUUCGCAAUGAGCUCAGGCUCCUCACCUUCCCCAUCACCUCCAUCGUCGCCCGCACUAGGACCCGUUGACUCUUCUCCGCCCUCGUCGCCUAGCAUGAGCCCAAUCACGACGCCACUCCGCGGAUUUCCAGGCCCAUCGGAUCCAUAUGCAGGCUCAAACAAGUGGACACGACGUCCAAGGCAAUACGAUUCUGAACGUCGCGUAAAGCUGCUGGGAUGGGACCCCACUAAGGCGUCCCCGGAGCGCGACAAAGGCGCACGCGACCGUCCUCACCCGACGCCUCCUCGCACGCAGCACCGGAGCCACUCGCAAGAUCACACGAAGAGGCAUCGCGGAAGUGGUACUCGCGGUGAGCACGGAAAGAACGCGUCUAUAUCUUCCUUAGCACCGAUGGAUCCAUACGCUGCCUCCGCACACGCAACGUGGGAGCCGCCCCGUCGGGAGAAGAAGCCUCUGUCGCGUUCUGUAUCUGCGACGAGCGCAUACUCAACAUCAACUGUAUUGUCAACUGAGACAGCCGAAAGUAGCGUGGUCUUCAAUGAACGUUCGUUCAGUCAGAAUGCUGGGGACGACGACGACAUCGACUUGGACGACUUCGAUGCGCUACCCCCGUCACGGCUGGCGACUACUGAAGAGGAGAUCUGGGAGGAAAAGAUUGCGAGCGCGAUAGAGAAUGGCAAUGGGGAGAUAGACCUGCACAACGCGUCCCUAACGAACAAACCUCUCACCUACAUACCGUCAUUCAUUUCCGACCUUGCGGGUCUCGUCGUCCUACCUUCCUCACAUUCUACUCACAACACUAUUCCCAUCACCUCUGCUCCUACCUACCGGCCUUUCACGCGCUCCGUCACACUACCCGCGUCAUCCUCUCGCGCCGCGCCGUUCUUCGAUGCUGACGUAUCCCGAAAGCUGUUGCAGAAGGCCGACAGUACCGCGCUUGUGCAAACAGCCACAUCUGCCAUGCUUCCUGUCUCUACAUCUGGGAACAACUGCGAGCUCAGGCUGUGGCUGUCUGGCAAUCGGAUCAGGUCGCUUCCCCUGGAGCUGUUUCAACUGACUGGGUUAACCAUUCUUGCUCUUCGGUCGAACUGCAUAUCCGUCUUGCCGUCUCAGAUCGCUCAACUUACAAACCUUCGCGAGCUGUACAUCCCAUUCAACAGGCUUCGCUGGCUCCCUUCGGAGAUACUGAGCAUGCAGCCGAUGAAUAUCCAGGUCACGAACAACCGGUGGAUUCGGCCGCCUCCUCCCGACGAGGAUCCGGACAAUGUACAUCCGCCGGUUCGUCCAAGCCGGGCACAUACACGCCCUGUCUCAGAACCGACCCGAGCGUGCGUGUCGCCGACCACGGUCCAUUUCACCAUCCCGCCACUCACCGAGCUCUGCCUCCGCCUCCUGCUCUCGCCCGUUGCCGGCUCGAAGAAGCGAGGUGAGCGGCGCCCAGAGACGGUACUGGAAACGUUCUAUGCGCUACCCUUCUCGGGAACGGACCGCAGCCUGCCUCCAACCUUCGUUGCUACCCUCCGCGCAUGCCUCCCCUCCACUGUCGCCAAGCCCGCCGCACAGCCGUCGCCGUCCAAGAAAGCCCGGCACCCGUCCGCGGACACAACGCGUCCACCUCUUACUCCCGAUGCGGAUGACGCGGAAGAGCCUCCUCCGAGCAUCGGGGUGUGUCCCUCGCCUGUCCAUCGCACGCCGGACGGGGACUGGGUGGACGGGCGCAUCCCGGUAUUCGUCAAACAUGGGGAAGAGCGGUUCACCUGGGAGCGCGAGAUCGUGGGGACGGACGUGAGGGCGGAGUGCGACGGCGCGGGUGUGCCUGUGCGGUGGCGAGGGUGCUGGAAGGGUUGUUUGGACUUCCUGGCUCCCGUACAAGACCAGGAUGACGACGAGCCUGCGGACGUGAUCAUGGGCGAAGAAGAGGGGGCGGCACAGGUGUACAUGGCUAAGGGCGAACUCGAUGUCGAUGAUGACACCGCUGCAACCACCGGCGUCCAUGUCGUGCAGUUCACCGCAGGAGGACCUAGUGCAGGGUUCGACGAUUUUGAGUGAAAUAUGUAAUUGUAUGGACAGUUGAGAUGUAAAAAUAUAAUCGGACCGAGAUCUAUUUGUGUAUGCCAUAUUUCUUACUGA